AUAGUACAAUUGCUGAAGUCGAAUGCCGAAAAUAACUAUGUUAGCAAAAAUAAUUAUCAUUUCUAUGGUAUUGGCUGCUGUUUUUUGCGAUCGAAAAAGUUUACUACAGUGUGGAAUCCCUAUGAUAGAGGGUAAUGAAUUGAUAGUGAAUGGACAGGAUACCGCUCCAGGAGACUGGCCCUGGCAUGCAGCCAUCUAUCAUCGCAAAGGACGUUCGGUUGAUUACGCCUGCGGUGGAACUAUUAUCAGCGAACAAUAUAUCUUGACUGCAGCCCAUUGUGUUAUGAAUGUGGCGAACAGUUUUCAGCUUGCACCGAAUCGUAUUUUCGUUCGACUGGGGAUUCACGAUCUAGAUGUGGUGAAUCCGAUAUUUGUGCAACAACAUGAAGUGGGAAAGAUUUAUAAAUUUGAAAACUUUACUCGACUAAUAGAUGACAUUGCAUUACUUGAGCUUAGUACUCUUAUACGCUUCAACACAUACGUACAACCAGCGUGUAUGAAUCUUGAACCAAAUGCUACCGGCGAGUAUGGCACUGUAGUUGGAUGGGGGUUGACGGAAAGCGACGAAGUAUCACCAGUUUUGAAAAAAGCUGACAUUCCUGUAGUGGAUCCAGUGACGUGCCUAAAAACAGACCGAGUUCUCUUUGGUCAAACCCUGCACGAGGGUCUUUUCUGCGCUGGGUAUACAAACGGAACAGCAGUCUGCAAUGGCGACAGUGGAGGAGGAUUGGUUUUCAAAAGAGCCAAUACGUGGUUUCUGGGUGGCAUAGUAGCAUUCUCCCAAAUUCGAUCCGACGGAUCCAAUCGCUGUUUUACGAAGGGUUAUGGAGCGUUCACCAAGGUGCACCAUUAUUUAUCAUGGAUUAGUGAAAUCACAGGGAUGCAGUUUCAGCGCAACAACGAAGUUAAGAUUUGCAAAGCGGUAGAACCCGAUCCAGCGAAAACAUAUUCCGAACUGCUACCUCGACACUGUGGCGUGUAUGUUCCAAACCGCAUCGUAGGUGGUGUUAAAACUAAAGUAUUUGAAUUUCCUUGGAUGGCAAUUAUGUUGGUAAACGACGACGAAUUUCUUUGCCCGGGAACGUUAAUCAACAGGCGUUACAUCCUUACAGUAGCUCACUGCUUUCGAAAUCCCCUACCCAAUAAAGUGCGCCUAGGAGAACAUACAAUCGGACAGGAAAGGGAUUGCAACGAGUUGAAUAAGGAUUGCGCUCCCCCUGUUCGAGAUUAUAACAUUGAGUGUAUCACAACGCAUCCAGGUUACUCGUUCCGAAAACGUUCCGAUGACAUUGCGCUUGUACGCUUGAGUGAAGAUGUUAAGUAUGAAGAUCAUGUUCAACCAAUUUGCCUACCGCACACGCCGGAACUCAGGGACUAUCGUCCUCCUCGGUAUAUCAUCACUGGCUGGGGUCAAGAAGGUCUUAGUUUGAUGAAGGAAACAGUUUUUUUGGCCAACAAUUCCGAAUGCCAGGCCUGGUUGAAGGGUAGAGGAAGCUUCAAUAUGUCCGAGAAACAACUGUGCGCAGGAGGAGAAAAAGGCGACGCUUGUGCUGGUGAUAGCGGUGGUCCGUUGGGGUAUGGUGCCAAACUCUAUGGCGUGCGAUUCGUACAGUUUGGUAUAACUUCAUUGGGCGCACAGUGUGGAUUGGUUCCAUCUAUUUAUACCAAUGUAGCAUAUUACAUGGAUUGGAUCAUCGCUAAUAUGAAGCCGUAACAAUUCGUAGUCAUGUUUAGUUAAAAGUGUCAUCACAUCACGAGCUGUGCCAUAAUAUUUCUAUUGACUUUUGUGUGUGUUUCCUAUCAGACAUCAACAUAUAUUUAUCAUAUUU